GCAGUUUGGUUCAGUUUGAAGCACAGCUGCUUACAGCUGCACAAUGACCGACCCAUGAAUGUCGAUCAACGUUCACACACCCGUUCACGCCGUCUAUUUGUCCCGAGUGUCCGACUCAAGGUGGCGGCGGAUCGGAUUUUUUUGCCCUGGACGCAAACUCAGCUCUUGCCGAAACUUGGACGGGAGAAUGGCUUUCUGGCUCGUUCAGUUCUUGACGGAGAUAACUGACAGCUGUGAGACUUUUUUCACUCUUACAACCUCCGGACGAGAGUGUUUCCAAGCUACUAGAGGCGAUGACGUGACUCACUGAUGCAUCCGUUCCAUCAGCGACACCAUGUGGGACCUAGUCACCUGGAUUCGUACGGUGACAACAUCCUUAUCUACCACAAGAACAAGACGUCCGGCUGGCCGCCCCCCGGUCCAGGUACCUGGCAGGGGCCGCCGUACAGCUGGGACAGCAUGAACAACAGCAGAGAUGGCCGGAACUGUCUUACCCACCAAGUGUCGCAGAGCAGCUCCCUGGAGGAAGUUCAUCUGGACGGACUACCGCCUGCGCCUCGCCUGGUGGAGAUGAGGCGCGAUCCUGUCCUGGGUUUUGGCUUUGUGGCUGGCAGUGAAAAACCAGUCGUGGUACGCUCCGUCACGCCAGGUGGUCCAUCAGAAGGAAAGCUGUUGCCAGGGGAUGAGAUCAUUCUGAUCAACGAGGAACCUGUCAGUUCUGCUCCAAGAGAACGAGUAAUCGACCUUGUCAGGAGCUGCAAAGAAUCCAUCCUAUUGACUGUCGUCCAACCAUAUCCUUCCCCUAAAUCAGCCUUCAUCAGUGCAGCCAAAAAAGCCAUGCUCAAGUCCAAUCCGGUCAAAGUGCGCUUUGCCGAGGAGGUCAUUAUAAACGGCCAGGUUCCAAACCCAGUGAAGGACAACUCUCUUCUGUUCAUGCCAAAUGUCCUUAAGGUCUACCUGGAGAACGGCCAGACCAAGUCUUUCCGCUUUGACAGCAGUACCUCCAUCAAGGAUGUGAUCCUGACCCUGCAAGAGAAACUAUCCAUCAAAUGCAUCGAGCAUUUCUCCCUCAUGUUGGAGGAGAAGAUCGAGGGCCGCGGAAAUCGACUGCUUCUGCUGCACGAGCAAGAGAUGCUAGCUCAGGUGACCCGCAGGCCCGGCUCUGAUAAGAUGAAGUGUUUCUUUCGGAUCAGCUUCAUGCCCCGAGACCCCGUGGAGCUGCUGAGGAGAGACACCGUGGCGUUUGAAUACUUCUAUGUUCAGAGUUGCAACGACGUGGUGCUGGAGCGGUUCGGCCCGGAACUGAAGUACGAUGCGGCGCUUCGACUGGCGGCGCUGCAGAUGUACAUUAUCACCAUGACAACCAGACUGAGCCAGAAAGUCUCACUCAAAUACAUCCAGAAGGAGUGGGGCCUGUCGCUGUUCUUGCCCCCCGCCGUGCUGACCAGCACCAAGGAGAAAAACAUCAAAAAAGCCCUGACGCACAUCCUCAAAACCAACCAGAACCUCGUGCCUCCCGGGAAAAAACUGACUGCUCUGCAGGCCAAGGUGCAUUACCUGAGGUACCUCAGUGAGCUCCAACUUUACGGCGGGAGAGAGUUCCAAUCAAUACUUCUGCAAGGCGAGAAGCAGACGGAGGUGACGUUGUUAGUGGGCCCUCGUUACGGCAUCAGUCACGUGAUCAACACCAGGACCAACCUGGUGGCUCUGUUGGCCGACUUCAGCCACGUGAACCGCAUCGAGAUCCUCACCGAGGAUGAAAACAAUGUCCGGCUGGAGCUGCAUGUUCUGGAUGUCCGGCCCAUCACACUCAUCAUGGAGUCAAACGAUGCAAUGAACCUGGCCUGCCUCACCGCAGGCUACUAUCGCCUCCUAGUGGACUCAAGGAGAUCUAUUUUCAACAUGGCCCACUACAGCAGCCCAAUGGGCGAAGACAACAGCCAAGAUCGCAUCCUGGAAUGGCCAUACAGCACAUCCUUCGGGGACAGCGAGGAGCUGUCAACCAACCGGGCGGAGCUCUACAGGGACUCUCAAUACCCGGAUAAUGGGCCCACAGAAAACAGCCUCUCGUCUUACUUUCAGCAUUCUCGAAACCCUGACCGAGACCCCGAGACACGGCAAAGUCCGCUGCCUCCUCCCCUACCUCCCGCCACCAGACACAAACCCCAAGACUCACCUCGCAGUGCCAAAGUGUCGUUUAUUUUCGGAGGAAACCCACCUUUGAACAAGCCCAGGAGUUUAGGCUAUGAACAACUCCAGGAGAACGCAGAAGAACACGGGCAUAGUUCACCUUACUUGAACAAUGCAGACUUUGGGGUCCCGGACAGAGUGCCCUUCCAAUUCAGCGGUCUGACGCAUGUCUACAGCAACAUAAUAACCGAAGAAGGUGGCGAGGAGCCGCUGUUAAGAGAUCUGUUCUACCGUGACACGACGGACGAUGCGGAAGAUGACGACGAGGCCUCCUGCGAAGAGGACUCCACUGGGGGAACACCAUUGGGGGAGGCGGAACGAGGAUUGGCCACGGCGGCGAGCAAAACGACCUUCCUCAGCUUCUCCGGUUCUACUGAUGACAUCAUCGACCUUACGGCGCUGCCUCCGCCUGAGGGCGAUGACGCCGUGGACGACGAUGAGGAUGACUCGCUUUUACAGACGCUCAACCUCGCAAUCGCCGCCCCUCCACCGGGCUUUCGGGACAGUUCGGACGAGGACACGGUGCCCGAGGGCAGGCCACUGAGCCUGCAGGAUAACGAUGAUAUCCCGGUCUCAUUAAUCGAUGAAGUCCCGACUCAGGCGGAGGGAGGAGGAGAGGGGAGGAGGCAGCUGGAGAACACCGUCGUGAACACUCUGCAAGCACUUGAGGCUUUGUCCGUCUCGGAACAGAGACCGCCGCCACCACGGCCGCAAACCAGCAGUAACCAUUCAGGGGUUUACACAUCUCAAGGCCUUAGCCCGGGGUCUUCGUCUGACUCCGGAAAUGAGACUAACUCUUCAGAAAUGACCGAACUUUCUGAGCUGGCUGCCACUCACCGCCUCAGUGAGAGCCACAUGCGCCUCCUGGUGGCCACGAGGGAGGGGUACCAACCUUUACUGGAAGAGAAAACGGAGUUUCCGGUUUCUCCCAGCGCUGAAGGGACAACCCUGAAGAAAUCCCGUAGUCCACAGCAUCUCCGACCGCCCGCCGUUCCUCCGAGACGAAGCCCACAUUUGAACACGACGACAUUACGGCCGGCCAGCGUGGAAGGAAGAUCUCACUCAAACCUUUCCUCCACUCUCCAGCGUCCCAGUUCCACAACGCCAGGGGGCAAGCAUCACAAAAAGUCUGCAGACUCAAGCGGGAAGUAUAACACCUUUAGCACAAGAGAAGGCUACCGAGGUGGAAGUAAUGGCAACCUCCAUCUGGAAUUCAAUCAGCGUACCUCAUUUUCUGAUCGAGGAGGAAGCCAAAGAAGACACGAUUUAGUUUUGGAGGAAAAUUCCCAAGCUGAGGGCCAGGAUGUUAGCAGCCAUAGAAUCCCCCGUCCCGCUUUCUCAACAUCUGAUCGGCUUUUAGAUGGGACAACUCUUGGAGGGUGCUCUGCAGAUAAUAGAGGUGUUGAGGAAGACGAACAUCUGGUUGUAGCAUCAUUGUUGUCUCCGACUAAAAAACCCAGACUGGGGGGUUCGGACCAAGGAUCAGACAUACAGAAUGACCAUCAGCCUAUUUCAAGACAGCAGAGUGUUGCACGGUUGUGUGAGUAUCAUCUAGCAAAAAGGAUUUCAAACUUACAGGGUGAAGCUCAAAGUUCUCUUCAGGGCUCCCUGUGCUCGUCACUGGAUGCCGGAGGCAGUGCAAACAGCAGCGUCAGCGCCACCCCGACAGACUCACCGCUUGGUCCGGGCGCCAUUGAGUACAAGCACCACCGGAUGCAGAGGCACCCACUGUCUAGCUCCUCUUCAUCAUUACUCAGGGUCCUAAACUAUGACGAACUUAAACCCGGACAGAGCCCCCAAGCAAAAGACGUUCACCCCCACGCAGACCCGACCCUCCUUCGGAAAAUGCUGCCCAAUAUUCAUGCUCCUUCUACGGGGGCUGAUCCAGGACGUCCCUCCUCAGCCACGCCUUCAAAGCACAAAGAGACAAUUACGAGCAAAAAGCCGUGUUUGAAGGGGCCGAACCAGAAAGAAGGCAGUGAUGCAUACAGACAAUUGAUCAACUACCUAACAGUAAGCCAAAUGCACCAAGGAGGAAAGUUACACAGUGCAGGAAUGGGGGGAGGAGUAAAAAAGGACACUCGUCGCUAUAUCACAAGCAACCCUCAGCUAGUCGAAAUGGUCAAGAAUCGAGGGAACACAAUCGCUCGAUGCCAGUGUAUGCCAUCCUCCUUGUCGUCUCCUUUUGUUCGCCCAAAUCUGGUAAAUCCAAAUGCCUUGCAACUGACAAAUAGGGAUCACAAGCCGUACCACUCUGCCACUCUUCCUGCCAAACUAAAACGAAACCCUGAUAUGUACACUCAGGGCCCAAAUGAUAGGUUAGACCUGAGGCAUGGGAAUGCUGAGAGGAGAAGCUCCUUUUCUGGACUAGAAAGUGAGCUUGAGAGGAGCGGUAUGGACCCGGAGCACUUUUUGUCACUCUACAAGAGAGAUGAGGGCGGAGGGGCCGUUAGCAGACCACCACCUCGUUCAAGAAGCCAACCAAGUGGAGGCACAGACGACUGGUUCAGAUCAGACCCAAGAGAUGGGCAAGCAUUCCGUCAACCCUCCUGUCUCGGUGGUCAGCGAGCAGACCUCAACAGCCUCUCGUUAGGAAGGGGCCCUUCCGCUUUCACCAGGCAGGCCUCCACUGGGACUACGGCCGGCAUUUCCUCUCCACCACACCAUCCCCAGUCUCCACUUCCUUCGGUUUUAAUCCCAGCACAAGGCAACACUGCAUCUAGCCACUCUGGAUACCCACAUAAUGCCAUCCACUCGACAAUGCCACGCUCAAACCAGAACUACAUUCAUGCCAUCAGCCCGAUCCCGCCAACAUCAGAUCCCGUCAGCAAUUACUCACAAAGGGGCCGGGAACUGAAACGCAGCUCCAGCAAUAUCACCAAUAGUUCCAGUAGUGUUGAGGUCCUGUUUGAAAAUUCCAGCCGAAGCCAGAGCCAACAGCCCUUGUCACCAUCUGUGCCCCAGCAAGGAGACACUAAAGUCCACAGGAGGCCCGCGAGGAAACGUCUCUCCAAGAGUUACUCACAAGGCUCUGUGUCAUCCCACACUACAUGCUGGUCCUCGGGUAGCAGAAGGGCUUCUGUAGCAUUUCCUUUGCAGAAAGAUCAUAAACAAAUGAAGGGCUCUCAAAAACUGGACACUAGUCCUUGGAGGUGCAACGGACCUUUCAGCUACUGUUUCUUCACGCGUAAAAGUGAGGGAGAAGACGACGACGAGUGGGAGUCAACAAGACAAAGCCGUGGGGGGAGCAACAUGGCCAAUGACUGUGCCGCUUCAUUGGCUAUCUUCCCCUGCGGCUCAGCAGUGGAUGCAGCUGGAGAGCAGCUGUAUGGUGAGGUCCUCAACAACAUGAGCUUUAGCGACCGCCUGUCGCGGGUCAACGUCCUCAAAGACCGCAUGUAUAGCUUCCCUUCUGGCUUCACAGACGUCCGCCGCGACGCCAGCGAGCUCAUUGCGCUGGUUAGGUCCAGCAUAGGACGCUGCGACCGUGGUGCCCAAAUGCCGAUGCAGGAAGUAUCUCAGUCCAAGCAGCUCCUUUCGGUGGAGUCCAAAGAGUUAGGCCGUGCCUGCAGGCGAAUGGCGCAGGCGCACAGCAGCCCUGAAGAGAUGCUGCUCGCUGUGACUUGCAGCUUCCAGGUGCUGUGUUGUCUCUGCGAAGCUUGCAUGUGUCUUGUGAAGGGACUCAGUGCCUCAGCCUCUCACCAACAAAGAGAGGUUGUCGCCAAGGUAGAUGAGGUUGUUAUGAACUAUAUCUGUUUACUUAAGGCGGCAGAGGCUGCCACCGUGGGAGCACCGGGGGAGCAGAGCGUCAAGGCGCUGGUCAGACAUUCUAGUACCAUGUCCGCCAUUGCGAACGCCCUCACGCGUUCUCUUAAAACGCUGCUUAGCAAGUAGGGUUUCCUAUACUACUUUUGCUGUCUAGUGUGGCCUAUGCAGUCAGCAGAAGUCUGUCUUGAACUCAUUCCUAACUCUCGAGGCUGCUGCAGAAGUCGUAGGUUUUUUUUAAUGCAUGAUCUGGGCAGGAUUAACAUCAAAGUUCCUACCAUCAUAACAAACUUAAAGGAGAACUGCCCUUUUUUGGAAUGUUGUCCAUCACCCACAACCCCUAUGGGAGAUAAGAACAUAUGUUUUUCUCUUUUUAGUGAGAUGGAAAUAAUUAAAAACUGCCAGUACCAGCUGGCUGACGAUUCAGGCAAGGGGGAUUCAUCUAAUCUGCCAAUUGCUUGGGUUCCGUCACGUGAUUUCUUCCCACCUACUCAGUGUCCGCCCUGAGAUCGGUAGGUUGGGAGUUCAAACCCCGGCCGAGUCAUACCAAAGACUAUAAAAAAAAUGGAACCCAUUGCCUCCCUGCUUGGUACUCAGCAUCAAUGGUUGGAAUUGGGGGUUGAGUCACCAUAAAUGAUUCCCGGGCGCGGCACCGCUGCUGCCCACUGCUCCCCUUGUAUCCCCAUUACCUGCAUUGCUAACCGCCUCUUACUAGCCCUUUUUUUCUAUUUAGAAUGGACAAAAUGGGAAAAUGCUUGUGUGUCCUUGUCUCACAUUGGGAUUGUGGAUGAUGGGCAGCAUCCUCCAAAAAGAUCAGUUUACUUAUAAGUCCAACUUAAAAUAUGUUGAAAAGCAAUCCUCACUUAACUUGCUUUUUCUUAAUAUUUUAAUGUAUAUUUCCCCGAGCCAUACAGAUGUAAUAUAAUAUGUACUAAGUAGAAAUCCCUUUACCUGUGCAUUAUGUAACUUAGUUUUGAAAUUAUAUAUAUAAAUAUAUAUAUUGUACAUGGAUACAGUUGUAUUUAUUUGCAGUUACGAGUAUACAUGCCAUGUAUUUAUCUUUCACUUCCAAGUGCAGUUUUGCUACUGAUGCAUACAAUUGUGAAAGUCAGAAAUAAUUCUCACUGUACUAAAUUGAAGGUUGUGUUUGUCAACAUGAACUGUCCCUGUUGUGUUAGGAUGUAAGUGUCAGGUUCAAACACUGAUGACAUCUAUUUAACAAGACAAAAGGCAAAGAAUCAAACAGAGACAGAAUUAAAUUUAGACUCAGAUCUGAGGAGAGACUUGGCCACUGUACUCUCCGAACAGUCCUGCACCACGCUCUGACGAAAAAGGUUUACGUCUCCUAUUUUAUUUAGAUAUUCAAUGUUGACGCAACAACAUUUGUAACAACAGAAAUGGGGAGUAUGUAAACAGUCAUUGUUUUCGGUCACAUUGAAAACAAAAGAAGAAGAUGCCUCGGGCUUGGGCUCGUCCUGGAUUCAGCUUCGGCAGGUCUUUGAGGACAAUAGAUAACCCUUCUCGUCUCAUUCCAACAUACACAGCGGAAUCUUCCAAGACUUUGCUUGGUGCAACAAAGACAGAUCUCAUCCGUUCACUGGAAACUUAGAGAAUAGAACGUUUUUUUUGAUAAUUUACAUACAAUUUUUCUAACAGUAAGGAUCAUGCAAUCGACUACAAUUGCACCAUAUUUAACAGUGCUUUACAUUUCACCUCUUGAUUUCUUUAUAUAAUAAUAAAUAUUAUAUAAGGUAAUAAGCUCUCGGAGGAAAAACAAUAAUUGUGUACUACUCUCAUCACUACUAUUUAUAAAGGAUUUUAAUUUGUGAUGGAAUAUUUACCAUUUAAGACUGUAUUAGUUGUAUUCAAAUUAUUUUUACCUUUUUGUGUAUUAUCUGUUUUGGGAUCACCUCCGUGCUUAAACGUUUGUAACUAAACACUAUGUAUCUAAAUGCAGUGAUGUCUUACGACAAGAUACUUUUUUUUAAAAAAAGAAAACAGAAAAACAAUGCACAAUCCUAUUAAAAGAAAAAUAUUUUAAA